AUGGCACAGACGGACGUCCUCAUCAUCGGAGCUGGAAUGUCAGGCAUAGGCCUCGGCGUCCAACUCAUUCGCAAAUUCGGGACCAGAAACUUUGAGAUUAUCGAAAAGAGUUCCGCUAUUGCCGGAACGUGGAAUGUUAACAGUUAUCCAGGCUGUGGAUGCGAUGUGCCGUCUCAUUUCUACUCUUACUCCUUCGCUCUCAAUCCGAAUUGGUCACAGAAAUAUGCUUCGCAGCCUGAGAUCGAGGCUUACUUCAAAGGCGUUGCAAAUAAGUAUGACAUAGGAAGGCAUGUCAGACUCAAUUCGGUCGUCGAGUCUGCCAGUUGGGAUGAGCAUACCGGUAUUUGGGAAGUUUCUAUUCGAGAUCGUGAAACAUCAGAAGUCAAUACACGUCGCACAAAGGUACUUGUCUCUGCAGUUGGUGCGCUAUCUAUUCCCAAAGAGUGCGACAUUCCUGGUGCUUCAGACUUUGAGGGACGUUUAUUCCAUACAGCAAAGUGGGAUCAUUCUUUUGAUUGGCAUAGUAAAGACGUCGUUGUCAUAGGUAAUGGGUGCAGCGCAACCCAAAUUCUCCCGGUUAUCAGCUCGGGAGAAACAGCUGUCAGAAAAGUGACACAAUUCGCAAGACAAGCGCACUGGCUAUCCGAGCGCCCAAACCCUACUUACUCGUCUACCUUCAAGUGGAUCAUGCGAUGGAUUCCUUUCGUUAUGCGCAUCUACCGUGCUUGGCUAUACUAUCAAAAAGAGAGGGACUUUGCAGGUUUCCGCAUCACAAACGGGCUCAAGAUGCGAGACAAGUGGACAGAGGAAACGGUUAAGUACAUACGAAAAAUGGCUCCUGAUCGAUAUAUCGACUUUUUGAUCCCAAAGACAGAGAUAGGUUGUAAGAGGAGGGUAAACGAUACUGGUUAUCUUGCUUGUUUGCACCGAGAUAACGUUGAGCUGGUGUACGAUGACCCGAUAAAGAAUAUUGAAUCCAAGGGUAUCAGAACGAAAUCCGGCAAGUUUGUGGCUGCUGAUGCAAUCGUUCUAGCACACGGAUUCGAGACUCAGACACCUCUAUUUCCUAUGAAAAUAUACGGGAAAAAUGGAAUCACCAUCAAUGAACAUUGGAAUCGCGUCAGUGACGGAGCAGCAUCAUCUUACUUCGGGACCUGUGUAUCGGGCUUUCCGAACUUCUUUAUCAUGAUGGGUCCCAACACGCUCAGCGGCCAUCUCUCAGUUAUAUACACCACCGAAUGCCAAUUCGACUUUACCUUGUGCGUUAUCCGACGUGUCCUUGCGGGUAAGGCAGACAUCGUCGAAGUCACAGCCGAAGCCGAACAACGAGAUAUAAAUGAUGUACAAAAACAGGCAAAAGAACUGGUAUGGGCUACAGGGUGCACCUCGUGGUUCAUCGAUGAAAACUCAGGCAGAAACACUAUCAUGUUCCCGGAUUGGCAGUUUAUAUUUUGCAAUGCAAACUAA